AUGGUUGAAAGAUUGGUGGAGAAUCAUAAUUUAUGUGAUGACCAACAAGUGUUGAACGAUGAAUGUGGUAGGAUGAAUAUGAAUAUUCCAAAUGAAGAGUGUGAAGGUCAACAUAUUCUUUCUCAUGAAGUUCGGAAUGGAUUGCCCAUUAUUGGUGAAGUUGUUGAUAGUCAUGCUCAAGAUGAUGGAACAGGUUUUUGCAAAGAUAUGUCGUUUAAGAAUAAACAAGAAUUAGAUAUUGCAUUGAAAAUUGCUUGUGUCAAAAAAGAUUUUAGAUUGAAGAAGGUAAUUAAUUUGUGUUCAGUGUAUUGUGUCAAACGUGAGCAUCUUGAGUGCAAGUGGUGGCUAAGAGCGGUGAAAGUUGAAAAUUCUGAUAGAUUUUAUAUUAAAAAGUAUGAAAAGAUGCAUACAUGUGGCUCGGAACAUCUUACGAGUCAUAAUCCACAUGCCACAGCAAAAGUCAUUGGAGCAUACUUCAAAGAUAGAUAUCCCGAAGGUAAAGGUCCAUCUACAAAAGAUUUGAAAAACUCUAUCCGUAUUGAAUUGGGAUGCAAGGUUAGUUAUUGGAAAGUUUGGAUGGGUAGCGAAAUUGCAAAGUUUUUGGUAAGAGGGACACAUGAACAUGGAUAUGGAGUGAUUGAUGCGUAUAGUCAUAUGCUUAGGACAUCUAAUCCGGGAAGUAAAACGGCGUUGAAGAUUGAUGAAAAUGGCAGGUUCAAGUACUCUUUUUGGGCAUAUGGAGCUUGGAUUCUUGGUUUCGCACAAAUGAGAAAAGUCAUAGCUGUUGAUGGGACAUUUUUGAGAAGUAAAUACGGUGGUGUGUUGUUGUCUACUGUUGCACAGGAUGCGGAGAAUCAUAUUUCUUCGGUAGCAUUUUGCGUAGUAGACUCUGAAUGUGAUGCUUCCAACCAAUACUUUUCGAGCAAUUGA